AUGUUAAAAACAAUUAGUAAUCAUAUAUUAACUACAAGUAGUGAAGGUAGUAGUGGUGGUGGAAGUAGUGGUAAUGAGGCUGAAGAUAUAAGUAGUGGUAGUGGUAGUAGUGGUAAUAAUUUCAUUUCUACAACUUCAAGUAGUGAUGAAGAUGAAGAUCUUGAUGAUAAAGAUAAAAUAGAUAGUAUUAGUAAUGAUAAAAAAAAAAGUCACAACUCAAAUCAUUAUUUAAUACAUUUACAAAAUAAGAUAAAACAACAAAUAGAUAAACAGAAAAAACAAAAAUCAAUCAAUUUAAAGAGUUCCAAACAACAACAACAACAAAGGAGUGGAAGUUUAAAUUCAAAGAAAAAAGUAAAUUUAACAUUACAAGAUCAUUAUAAUCAUCCUAUUACAUGUGAUUCUUUACCAAACAAUUUAUAUGGAUUGACAUUUGGUCGUAUGUUUAAUCAUACGAUCCAACCAAAUACACUUCCAGGAAAUCUAAAGUCUUUGGUCUUUGGUUAUAGUUUCAAUAAACCUUUACAAGCCGGUUCACUUCCAGUCUCUUUAAAGUCACUCGUAUUUGGUGCUUCAUUCAAUCAACCGAUCUUUCAGAAUGUAUUACCACCUUCCUUGGUAUCACUGACAAUGGGUAUCACUUUUAAUAAGCCAUUUUCACCGGAUGCCUUUCCAGCUUCACUACGGACACUGGUUUUCUCUGACAAAUUCCGAUUCCCUUUGAUCUUACCACCGAAUCUAGAGUCACUUACAUUGGGUCGUUGGUAUACCGAGGAAAUUCAGCUAUGCCCAUCACUAAAGCAUAUAAAGAUUGGAGAUGAAUCUUUCAAUGACCUCGCUGUAAAUGAAUACUGUGUAAUGACAAAGGAUUUCGCAUAUGAUGUCACUGUGAUCGAUGAUCAACUCGAUUUUAUCGAUAUCACAAACGAUACCUAUGAGAAAUGUCUAUCGAUAGUAGUAACCAAAGAAGGAUCCACCUCUGACAAUCAUCUAUUCACUAUCAAUCUCAAUAGCUCUCAUUCCAUUCAGUGUAUGCCAGAGGUUGGAUGUUGUUGGGUAUCAGUGUUCCUCGAGAAUAAAGAGUCCAAGAAAUAUCUUGAAAUCUUUUCAAGUGUCAAAGUUCCCAAAGGUAGUUCCUUUAGAUUCAGUCACAAGUAUCAGAUCAUCGAUAAAAGUAAAUCGGAUCACUAUCAACAAACACCUUACGACAUCACUCAUCUCUAUGCAACAGUCGAACUAAAUAAUCAACUUUUCUAUAAAAUGAAAAGAUUUGAUAAUGGUUCAAAUAAAGUAUAUUUAAUAAUGUCACAUGAUACAAAAGAAUUGUUAAUAUCUAAAGAAGUAUGGUAUUCAAAAUUCUGUCAAAAACGUUAUGAUAGAAUAUUUCAAGAGAUUGAAGCAAUGAUAACAUUAAGAGGAUCUCCAAAUAUUGUACAAUAUAUAACUUAUAGUCAUGAUAGAGAGAAUCAAGUUGUUUAUAUAUUAAUGGAAUAUUGUGAAGGUGGUGAUUUACAUCAACGUUUAUCCGAAAAACAUAAAUGGAAUGAUCAAUUUCAUGUAUUACAUUCAAAUCAUAAUCUUAAUUUAUCAAUGUUGGAAAUAAGUUGUCAAUAUUUCAAGGAAGAAGAAAUAUGGAAUUAUUGUACAGAGCUGUUGGAGAUUCUAACUGUAUUGGAUAAACAUUCAAUUAUUCAUUGUGAUAUUAAACCUGGUAAUUUAUUUUUCAAAAAUAAUCAAUUAAUGUUGGGUGACUUUGGAUGUUGUAAAAUUCUAUCAUUAGAUGAUUCCGAUGAUAGUAUCGAUAGUUCAUCAUCAAAUGAUAGUUUAAAUGUUGGUACUUUUGGUUAUUUAGCUCAAGAAUUAGAAUUACAAUUAGAAAUAGAUGGUAGAGCUGAUUUAUAUUCUGUUGGUUCAACAAUAUUAAGAUUAUUAUCAUGUCAUCCAGAAGAUAGUAAAAAUCAUUCAUUAAUUGAAAGUCAAAGAGAUAAUGUGGUUAUUUCAACUACAAGAUAUUCAUUGGAUUUAAUUGAAUUUGUUAGAAGUUUGUUGGUAGCAAAGAGAGAGGAUAGAGCAACACUUCAAAAGAUAUUGAGACAUGCACAGAUUGGUGAAAAACGUAAAUCAUGGACCUAUUACUUUGAUAUCCCAAUUAAAUAUCCAAUCACUCAUUCAAUCACCAAGUUGACUUUUACUCAUAAUUUCAACCAACCAAUACCACCAGGUACUCUACCAAACACACUCAGAGUGUUAGAGUUUUUGCGAUCCUAUAAUCAACCUAUCGAAUCCAAUGUACUACCAGAGUCUCUGGAAAAGUUAAAACUCUGUGGAUUCUUUGAUAAAUACAUCCCGAAAGGUGCACUUCCAUCGAAUCUCAAGGUACUUCAAUUUGGUGAUGAAUUUAGUAACAAAAUCGAAAAGAGAGCUCUCCCCAAUUCACUUGAAGUACUUAUAUUUGGCAAGUCAUUCAAUCAUAAACUUGGAAGACUACCUAGUAGCCUCAAAAAGUUGACUCUUAGUUUUCAUUAUCGUAUUCCUCUAAAGAAAUCUAUAAUACCGAAAACAUUAAAACAAAUAACAUGCAGACUCUCCAUUGUCAAUCAAAAAAUAAUUAAUCGUAAUAAUAUUGUUCAUUUUAUAAUUUGGAGAAAUAAAAAAUAUUAA